AUGAAUACUGGAGAUGAUGUAGUGGAUGGCUGUGGUGAAAGCAGACCAAGAAUAGACCCACAUAUGGAUCUACAAAUAGAUCCACAAAUGAAUCCACAAUUACCAGAACCAGAAUCGGAUGACCCGCACAACGAAGACAUCGCUUAUGAAGACUCCGAUGACUACGAGGACGAACCACUAGUGGUUAAGCCCAUUAUCUAUACAGUUCUGGUGCCACCGGGAGAUGUAAACCUAUUUCGGACAGAUUUUCAACUCAAAUACGGGUCAACACAUCCGGAAUUCUUUGUCGGCAACUAUAACGAGGCCAUCGAUGCGGCCAAACGUGACUUCAGAUUCCUAUUGGCUUACAUUCACUGGGAUUCACACGAAGAGACCGAAAAGUUUUGUCAAUCGGUUCUCAUAAACCAGAAGUUCAUUGACUAUCUCACUGAACACAACAUCAUAUUCUGGUCUUCUGCUGUCAUAUAUCCGGAGGGAUUUGUUGUGAGACAACAGCUCGAGGUAACCACUUAUCCAUUUAUGGCACUGAUUUCCAUGAGAAAGAGUCGGAUGGUUGUGGUCCGCAGAUUAGAGGGAAUCACUCUUUUGAAACCAUUGAUAGCCCAACUGAGGGACGGGUCUGGAAAGGGCUAA